AUGCAAUCCGCCGACGACGCCUUCAUAGGAAAGGACCUGCCCCAUUUUCACCAUCAUCCAAAUGCGACGAUGUACUUGAGUGGUGGAGUCACGAGGAAUCUCCCGGAGCAUAUCGAUGACAUGAGACUACUCUACGGAUCGUUCUCAGACGUUGUCACGCAUAACCGCAAUUACAUUGUUCUCUUUGGUGAACGCGACUGGACGGUUGCACUGACACGAGCUUCCGGUGUCAAUGACGGCCCUAUUGAUGGUCUGGAUGGAGAGCUCUCCGCACCAACAUUUCGGACCAUCAAUCCCACCAUUAUGACUAUUGCUCGUUGGAGUGGAGGUCAAAUGAUGGAGGAGUAUCUAUGGCAGGAUCCUAUUAUUUGGUAUCGACAGCUCGGUUUUCUCCCUGUUCGCCCCGCCAAAGAUCUCCCUGAAAUUGGACAGAACCCCGUGCCAGGAAAGCCGGCGUCAGAAAACCCGGCCGCGAACAAGCAAGGUGUACUCGCGUCGGAUAAUGCUCUCAAUGCGGGCAAAUUUGACGCUCGCAGCUUGCGCCUGUCAACCAAUGCGACCGUCUAUGGAUUCAACGAUGAGGGACUCAACGUUGAUGGCUGGCUUAAGCAGCUUCAGGUGCUUAAGAAGGCAUUCCCGGAUCUGCGCAUAAACAAUAAGCCAUACAAGCAGGUGAUUGCACAGGGCGAAUGGACGGCUACAAUUGCCAUGCUGAGCGGAACGCACAAUGGCGCACUGGAGCUUCCGGUAUACUUGGCAAGUGAGCCGGUAGCUGCCACCGGCAAGAAGUUUGAGCUGCUGCAUUACACCAUCUGUCGCUGGAGAGAUGGACAAAUCGUGGAGAUGAGAGUCAAUAUUGACUGGUUCGGCAUUGUUGGAGCUCUUGGUAUCUCACUCUAA